CUGCUUUUACAUCAUCAAACCCUCUCUCUCUCUCUCUCGGUAAGAAGAAGACAAGAGUCAAAACACAGGAAGCGAUAUGAAGGCGACAACCCGAGCAUCCACGGCCGUUUCAUUCUCUCUCACCAAACCCUAAUUUACAAUCUCCUCCCCUCUCUCUCUCCCCUUCAUCAUACAUCAAAUGGAUCUCUCCGACGAUGGCGGCGCCACCGCUUCUCGACAUCUACUCGAUCCUUCUCUCUCAAUCGUCCCCAGAUCUGAAGACCCCACGACCUCAUCCACCGCGGCGGCGACUCCAACUACUUCCGGAGGAGCCGUGACGAAGCGGUCGACGAAAGACCGUCACACGAAAGUCGACGGGAGAGGACGGCGGAUCAGGAUGCCGGCUCUCUGCGCCGCUAGGGUUUUUCAGCUGACGAGAGAGCUCGGCCACAAGUCCGACGGCGAAACCAUCGAGUGGCUUCUCCAGCAAGCAGAGCCGGCGAUUGUCGCCGCCACCGGCACCGGAACCAUCCCGGCCAACUUCUCCUCUCUGAGCGUCUCCCUCCGGAGCAGCGGCUCGACUCUCUCCGCGCCGCCGCCGCCGUCGAAGUCCGUGCCUCUCUACGGUGCUCUCGGACUUACUCACCACCAUCAGUACGAUGAACAAGGAGGUGCCUUUGGUGCUCACGCUCACAUAGGAUUUCAUCACCAUCUUCAACCGCAUCAGCAACAACAUCAUCAACAAGCUCAGGGGGAAACGAUUCCACCGCACCGUUUCUCGAGUAAACGGUAUAGAUCGGUUGUUGAUUCGUCCAAGGAAGAGGACGAGGGGAAGCAGAGCGAGAGCAAAUCUUUGAAGGAAAGUGAAGCUCCGGCGGGUGCAACCGGAGCUCCGAUGUGGGCAGUUGCUCCGACGAAUAGGUCAGCCGGUGGAAACACCUUUUGGAUGCUUCCCGUACCGACCAGCGUCGCCGGGAAUCAGCCAGCGGUUGUGGAGAGCAGCAGCAACAACACCAACCGUGCACAUAUGUGGCCGUUCGGAGCAGGGGGCGCGGGAGCUGGAGGAGGAGGAGGUGCAACUCAUUUUAUGGCGGGAACGGGGUUUAGUUUCCCGAUGGAUCAGUACAGAGGAAGUCCGCUUCAGUUAGGUUCCUUCUUAGCUCAGCCGCAGCAGCAACCGAAUCAGAGUAUAGGUUUGAGUAUGCCGGACUCGAAUCUUGGGGUGUUAGCCGCUUUGAACGCGGCUUAUUCGAGAGGCGGAAACGCGGACGCGGAACAAGUGAACAAUGCGGUGGAACAUCAAGAGAAGCAGCAGCAGCCGCAGACGCAACAGAGCGAUCAGGAUGAUGAUAGUAGAGAUGAGAAUUCAAAUAGCGAUGGGUGAUUUGAUGUAAACUAAUCUUUAUGAGGAAGCAUUGAAUUUGGUAAGUUUUAUUUUUUAAACGUUUGUAGCGGUUUUGAUUAUUUGUUGUGAGGUUUGUGUGCGAUUUGAUUAUUUGUUUUGAGGUUUGUUUGUGUUGUCGUAGUACUAGUAGUCAGUCUUAGACAAGAAUUUGUGUGUGAAUGAAUUAUUUCAUGAGAAAGAGAAUGUUUUCAUUUGUA